AACACUGCUGCGCAGCUGUCAGAUUAAUAGGUGCGGCCAUGUUGAUCUGUAGUGAAUAAAACUGAGUUAAUUUGCUUUUAGGGAAUUAUAAUUGACACAAUAUGCCCAAAUGCGACCUCAAAACGAGAUACAUCCCAGCGACAUUCGCCUGGACAUUACUAUUGGGCACGACAUCUCUGUUUUUUUAUUUUCCGUGUCAAUACUACCUCCACAAGCACCCAUGGGUACCUGCAUAUCAAGGUGUCAUAACGUUUUUUGUUUUGGCCAAUUUUACACUGGCCACUUUCAUGGACCCGGGCGUUAUACCAAAAGCUCCACCUGACGAGGACCGUGAGGAUGACUUCAGGGCGCCUCUGUACCGCAGCGUGGACAUUAACGGCAUCACGGUGCGGAUGAAGUGGUGCGUCACGUGCAAGUUCUACCGGCCGCCGCGGUGCAGCCAUUGUUCUGUGUGCAAUCACUGCAUAGAGACUUUCGACCACCACUGUCCAUGGGUGAAUAAUUGUAUAGGACGACGAAACUACAGAUUCUUCUUCUUCUUCCUCAUAUCUUUGUCAAUACACAUGCUGAGCAUAUUUGGUCUUAGUCUGUAUUACAUAAUGAACAAUAACAAGACAUUGACGCAAGUGGAGCCUAUUGUGUCAAUGGUAAUAAUGGGUAUAAUCGCACUACUAGCGAUUCCAAUAUUCGGUCUGACCGGCUUCCACAUGGUGCUGGUGUCGAGGGGGCGCACCACCAACGAACAGGUCACCGGCAAGUUCACUGGUGGCUACAACCCGUUCUCCAAGGGAUGCUGGUACAACUGUUGUUAUACGCAGUUCGGACCGCAGUAUCCGAGCCUGGUGCGGCCGUCCAAGUACAUAUAUAAAGGCGGCAAGAAACGGCGCGAGGCGCUGCCGCCGGGCGCACUGUCCGCGUCCGCCAUCUCGACCAUCGCCACCGACACGCAGCACCAGGUAAAGACGUACACGGCGGACAACGGCAACGCGCUACGGCCCGCCGGCCCCCACGCACACUACAACAAGCUGUCGCCCGGGCGCGAGGAGCACGAGGCGGAGCUGGAGGGCCCGGGCGCGUCGCAGAGCGCGGACUGCGAGCCGACGCCGCCGCCCGCGCAGCGCCGCGGCUCCUCCGCCAACCUGUUCCCGCCCGCCGAGCCGCACCACCACGUGCCCGCGCACCAGCGCGCGCACCACUACCCCAGGCUCAGUCCACUCUCCAGAAAUACCAGCCACGGAGGUACAACGACCUCCGGCUACCGGGUCGUGAUCGAGCCACUGCGAUAUGACACCGGCGCCAACGGCGGCGCUCGACCCUCGCCCACCAUGCAGCAGCGGAUAAAGGCGCUAGGGGUGCCCACCCCGCUCGCCGUCAGCAGCCCCGUGCGGAGGUCCAACCCGGGCACGCCGACGCAGCCGCGCCGGCCCGACUUCAUCGGCGUCGGCGGCCGCGCCUCGCCGCAGCGCCGCUUCCUGUCCGAGGGCGAGCUGCUGCGCGCCGAGCCGCCGCCGGCGCCGCACCGGCCCACCGCCGACGACAUCCGCGAGCUGGCCGCCUCGCCGCAGCGCGGCAACUACCUGUGGGCCGAGCGGCCGCACCCGCACCCGCACCCGCACCCGCACCCGCACCCGCCGCGCGGCGGCGUGCCCGUGUUCCCGCCCGCGCCGCCCGCGCCGCCCGCCGGCGCGCCGUCGCCGCUGGCCCGGCGCCGCGCCGGCGCGCCGCCGCCGCCGCAGCCGGCGCCGCGGCCCGCGCGCCCGCUGUCGUUCGUACGCGCGCUCGAGGUGCAGGACCAGCUGGAGGCUCGCGCCGCGCCCGCAGAGCCGCCCGACCGCGCCUCCGUCUACGACUGCAACUACGAGAUCUCGGUGUGAAGCCCCCUCGGCAGUAUUACGGCCCGCCCGCGGCCGGGGAUCGAUUUUAGUUCGCCUGCACGCUGCGGCCGCCGGCCCGGUGUUCCGACGGCGAGUCUCGGCUGCCUAUAUGCACGAUAGGCGAGUUGACCGCGUCGGCGGCGGUCGGCCGCGGACCGCUCGGGUAGUUCGCCCCGCGCGCCGACUGUCGCUCUCCGACUUGUUCGUAUCGAAUGACGUUGACGUUUCCGACGACGACCGGAUCACGCGUGUUUCCAAAGACUUUGUUAAGUAAGUUGUGACGCACAAUUAUUAUUGGGAAGGCGAGAUGUACGACUGAACCGUGUGAUCUAUCCGAUACCGUGUAAAUUAUGAAUAUAUGAGUAUUUAUGUAAUUGUGUGCGAGACUAGCAUUUUAUAUCAUGCCAUAAAGUGUGAGUGUGUGCGCAGCGUUCGAGUGUUCGAGCGACACUCGGGUAUUACUCGUAAGUUGUAAUUAGAGUUUUUAUAUGUAUGUAUAUUUGUGAACAGUUUUUAUCGUUGAUUAUAUUUAACUGUGAAUUGUUUGAGAGUGUACAUAGUCCCCCAGUGUUGUGAUUCCGAGAUGACAUAAUAAUUAUAGAAUAUUAUUUAUUACAAAAUGUAUCAACACUCGCGUAUCUCAACUAGAAUAAUGUAAAAAGUAUAUAUAUUUAUAAAAGUUCUCUCGAAGCUAUUGUAAUUUUUUUCAGUAAGUAUAUAGAUUUGUAAUAACGCAAUAUCUGUGGAAUUGCCUUAUAUGUUGUUCUCUUUUAUUUUAAUGGUGAAUAAGCACUGAGUAUCUAUGACUUCAGAACGCAAUAGUUCACUUUUACUUCUCAAUAACAUGUCCGUAAUCUAAAUAGUAAAAAUACGGACUAAAGUAAACAGUGACUGCUUAAGAAAAUGUGCCAAAUAUUGUGUAGACACAAUAUAGUGUAACGAUUUAUUUGAUUUCAGUUCCUAUAUAACGUAAAAUUAUUUUUCAUAGUGACCAAAUUUGAAUUUUAUUUACACUUGCUAUUAGGUAUAUUAUUUGAUUGUAUCAGUCAUAGAAUGUUAUCCCGCUGAAUUUGAAGCAUACGACGCAGUAACGUAAUCCGUCCUCGUCCUUAUUCAUACGACCAUUAUACUAAUAUUAGUAUUUCCUCAAACAUUGACAAUGAAAAGACUAAUCCCUCUUAUUCAUAAGAACUAAAACGUCCUACAAACAAAGGAAUGGCAACGCAUGGCGGGUGGGGGGUAUCAUGGGCGAAACAGUAUACUCUGUUGUGUCCAUGGUACUGCUCAUGUCUAAAGACGGUUACCACUUUCCAUCAGUUUGGCCGUCAGCUUGUUUACCAUUUUAAGUUGCAUAAAAAAACUUAUUUUGAAAAACACCAAGUAGUGUUUUUCAAAUUGAGAAAUUAGCGCUAAAGAAAAAGACAAAACACUUGAAUAGCUAAAACAGGUUUAUUUCAGGUUUGGCGUUUUUAUGAAUAAGGGGGUAAACUGUUGACAUCUUGAGAUUCAUGAUAUAUAAAAAAGAGAUUAUAAAAUAAAAUAGUUUCAUAGUAUUGGUUAAGCCAAUAUGGGCUCGUACUAAUAGUGUUUCGGCCGAGCAUUUCGUUGGUGCCAAUUCUGUUUUCAACUUCGAUUUAUUUCAUAUAUUUAAAUUCUUGUCGUCCUUUUCAUCUUACUAUCGUUAGACAGAGAAAACAUAAAGAGACUUAUGUGUUUGGAUCGACCUAAUUAAUAUCGUUAUUUUAAAAAAAGAAUCAUUUUCAUAGUGAAUUUUGCUACUGAUUAUCUAUGGUCUGUUAAGUUCCCUCGAAAUUAAUACCUGUAUAGAAAAAAUAUCGACGUUCGAUUUUUAAAUUUGAAUUUUUAAAAGUAUACUUGUCUGUGGUGAUCCUAAUUUUAUACAGUACAAAACGUGACUCUAAAAAAUGACGUAUUAUUUUGAUAAUUGACGAUAUAUUGAUACAAGUAUGUAGUUUUGUUUUGUAUUGAAUUGGCAUAAGCUAAUUUGAAAUUAGCUUCAAUAAUUAAUACCCCCAGAUAUGGAAUUAAAUAGAUGUAAUUAUAAGUAAUUUUCAUGUCAAUUUUUGGUCCUAAAUUUGGCUCAAAAAGCGCUUAUUUGACUGCAACCAAAUUUCGUUUAAUUGUUCCUUUAUAAAAUUUAUAUAGAAAAAAGACUUGACAAACACCAGUAUGGACGGUAUUUUAGAAAGCGCUUGUUACACCGUUUGCUAUAAUAACAAAUCUUGUGACAUAGCUACAAGUUAUUCGGUAACAUUUAGCUUUCAUAACACUUCGUGUACCUCUGUAUGUAUGUCAGUAAUCCCAUACAGUCGGUAAUGAAGUAAGUUUGUUUAUUAAACGAUGAUAUAUGGAACAAUGACAUCGUCUAGGCUAUCAAUAUACGAUGGCGGGACACCAUUGAGGGAUGAUAGGUGAAAUUUAGCAGAUUGGUUAACCCAUCGUGACGGAUUUCAUAAGAAUUAACCACUAUAGUUUCCAGGGACUGGAGGCUUUCUAGCUAUGGGGCCGCUAGUCCCCAUUACUAACAAUCUUUUCUCCCCUCUAACGGAGUGUAUGAUCUCAUCGGUUUCCAUUAAAUUAUUUUGAUAGUCUACCCGUAACGUAAUAGACUCGCAUACGAAUUUAUAGAAAAUAAAUAGUAAAGAGUUUUAAUGUAGCAUUUAAUAAAACCUAAAAACAAGUUGUCGCAUAUAUUGUGGAAACUAUUGAACCCUUGAAAUUUCUAAAAAAAAUAUUUUUUAUAAAAAAAAAUGGGAUGGCUUUAAGAUCUCACAGACACAAGCGACGGGGAUUUAAAAAUGUUUGAAUGAAAAAAAAAUCAUAACAUUAAUAUUUUUAUAAAUAACAAUAAUACCUCUCCCUCUCUGUUUCACUACGGGAUAGUUACCAAUAGUCAACUUAAUAAUGUUAAUAUUAAGGAUCGAUUUUAAAGAUCAAUAGAAAAUUUUGUACAAUGCCCUCUAGCAGUUAUUAUCCGAACUAAUGUUUGUCAAAUAAAUACAGUAGUAUCUCAUAUAUAUCAAUAAUCAAAUAUAUUCACACUCGUCUUAUCUAAAUGAUUUUCUAAAAUUUACCGUGUGACAAGGACAUACUUAUUUAGACAGAAACAUUAGACAAGGAUCGCGAUAGCUAAAAGAACACCACUCGAGCGUAUCUUUAAAAAACUGUGAACACACCUGCAAUUCCUCCAGUGUAGCGGGAGCUCAUCAUCAUCGUUUACCAUCAAGUGAGCCGUAUGGUUGUUUGCCCCCUGUGUUAUAGAAAAAACCUGCUAAUUUAGGUGUUGUUUUUGUACCUUAUCGGGACGAUAUAACUACUGCUCGUGUGAGGGUGGCGCCCUCUGGUGUCACUUUCUAAACUGUAUUCGUUGCACUCGAAAACCUCUGACUUGGUGUACCUGACAACGGCUUUACGUGCCCCCAUCGAAGCACGAAAUGAAUGACAACAAUUUUAAAUUAACCAAACAUGAAUUUGUAAAUUUUUGAGGUUUAUUCUAAUAUUCGACCUUAGUAUCUCCGGACCGCUGUCCAGCGUUGACCGACUGAGCUAACACCUUACUAAUUUCGACGAUGAUUUUUGAUGACGAAGAAUAUUUAUAUUUCUCAUUCUGAAGGUUACGACAUUUCUAAUAACUUCUUCAAUUACUAACAAGACGUACUCUGUUAUUUUGUUAGUAUCCUACUUGUUUACCGCAGUUCCGUCCGCACGGAAACUGUCAUCAUAGGCGUAUUUAAGUUUAUUUUCCAGGGAUCUCUAGCCCAUAAUUAAUACAUGAACUUUCAAACAUGUCUUUGCACAUAGUUGAGCUCCGCUUGUAUCCUGAGGUGUGCACCAGACAAUUCUAAGUUGGUCACCCACCUAGCUCUUUUUUAAAUACACCUAUGCAUGCUAUAUGCUGUGUCAUUGUUUCAAUGCCUUUUUUUUUUUUUGCAAAAUGCCUUCCGAAUGAAUGUCCACGUCAUGAAAAGAUACUGUAUGCAAUAUUUGACAUUAAAACAAGUCCUCUUUCUCUGAUUUAGUGCAUUGCUAAAUUAAUCGGGAUGAGUAUGAGUAUUUUGUAUGUGUACAUUUAAAUAGAAGAUAAUUGACUAAUCUCGGCAUAAUAUUGGCUAAUACAACUGACAUACCAUUUUGGAUAACAAUAGCAUACUUUUUUUUUCUAUUUAUAUCAUAUUUGGGUUGUGACAAUUUAGGUAAAAUGAGUUUUCGAUAGAUUUGAUUAUUUUAUUCAUUGAAUCAUGAGAAAUCGAAUAACAAAGGCUCUUUGCUGAUUGAUGUUGAUUGAUUCUGUAAUGGGGUUGUUAGUUGAUGUUAAAAAUUAACAUUUAUAGGUUGUGUAUGGUUUAUUUUGAUGGAUAAUGCGAACAAGAGAGGAAUAUAAUUAUUUGACCAGCAGAUUUUAGGAUUUAUAGAUUUGUUUUGCACUAUAUUUAAUUAUCGAAAAUUUAUUAGAAAAACCAAAAUAGGUACAAUCGAAUUUAAAUUCUAUUAUUUUAAGACAUUUGGAAGAAAAAAACAAUUUAGUGUAACUCAAUAAAAAAAAUAAAUACUAAUUUAAUACAAACAAUUCACAAAACCUGUUUUAAUUGUUGAUCUAAUUUAAAGUAGUUAUAAAAUUUAUAAUUUAGUAUGUUUGAUCAUUGAAUUUCGUCAGUCACGAUACAUAUUUUAAAUACUCAUACGCUAUCAGGGCUUACGCGACGCAGUUGCAGGUAACCAGUAGCUACAUACUUAAUUUUUAUUGCCGUUGUGUCAAAGUGGAUAGCAUCGCCUCGUGGUCACGACAGGACUGAAAUAAGCGACAUCUUGCAGCCUUCGCAGUUUCUUCAACUACCCUCAUAUUGUCUAGAUCCAUGUUACCACAUUCAAGGUAUCCACACUGCAUUUAAGUGUAUUAAUCAACGGGUUACAUGCUGUUGAAAGUCUGUAUCCAUCGAUAUACCUAUAAAUCUGCAAUUAUGUCUCGUCAAGUCCUGACAGCGUAUUUAAAAUAAGUGACGGCACAUUCAUUGCGUGUGCAAUUAAUUUGAAUUUAUUAGUUUAUUUAUUAAUUUAUCGUGGAUGGGCUAGUGGUUUAAGUGCUAGUUCGGGAUUUAGUGGUCACUGAUUCGAAUGCUAAAAUUACUAAAAACUAUGUUCCUUAUUUUUUUUUUUUUAUUUUGAAACGAGGCAAUGUUAAUUUUGUGGGGAAAUCCAAUAUAUUUGCUACCAGAUAUUCGUUGUCUCAUUUCUGAAGACGUAAUUAUCCUAGUUAGAGGACCAAAUAAUUGAUGUAAUUUUUCUGCUACUUUUUUGAGUUGCUCAGUUUUUUUAUUUGCUCGAAAACUUUAAAUACAAUGUCAAAUACCCUAUUAUUAUAUUUACAUAUAUUUAAUAAUUGUAUUGUGCAAUUCGGUAUUGGCUUUUCCCAAUGAUAAAAAGAUUUAUAGAUUAACCUAUUCGAAGAAGGUUAAUAAAUUUUCUUCCUAUUGUGAUACAGAUUUAUUAUAUUUCUUUAUCUUUAUAUAUACAGAUCUCUGAACAUCAGUACUUAGUUUAUCACAACAUUGUGUAUCUUCAACUAAGUAUGUUACACUUCAAAAUAAAAAUGUGUAUAUACAUACAUAUACAAAGUGUAAAUUAGGGUAUAACAAGCCAAAAUCCAUCAAAAGGAUUUCUAAAAGUGAAUAUAAGACUAGUUAUCCCAAAUAGCGUAGCCAAAAUUUAAAAAUAAGUUAAAAUACUUUAUAAAAAGAUGCUUUUUAUUAAUAUGGAUUGUUAAAGCUAAACAGCAGAAUAUAAAAAUAAAAUAAAGUGCAUUCAAUAUUAUUAAUUAAUGAUUUGCUGAGGCCCUGUUUUUUUUUUCUCACAAUUUUAAAUAUCUCUUAAAAAUCUAAUUUUUCACUUUUUUUCCUUCUUACAAUACAUUUCAGUCCUCGUGAAUUUUGUAUUUCUUAUACUUUAUACAUUUCUCUGUAGUAUAAUACCAUCUGUCAGAAACAAAAUAAUCGUAGUGUUAACAAACUAGAUGGCAUUGUAAAUAUAAAAAGACAUACGACACUAUAAUAAAUGGAAUGGACUAAAUUCCAAUUUCAAAAAAAGCAUAUAAAAAAUAUUUUCAUACUUCUACCAUGUUAGAGAAACAUAGAUGGAGGAUAGUUACCUGCAGGAGACUGUUGGCUUUCACGAAUUAUUGUUGAAUUUUGGCUUGUCAUGCACUAUUCUCGCACCAUAUUAUUAUAUUAAAACUAUAAAAAUGUCACUUAGGAAUGCAGCAGUCGAGAUUAUAAUUGUAUAUAAAUAGUUAUUUAUACAUUUGUAACAAUUGCAACAACUAUUAUAUAAACACAAGCAUUCUCUAAGACAAAGCUCUACUAAAACACUAUAUCUCAUAAUUAUGACGCUCAUUUUAAUGAUUAGCUAUCGGUAAAGUUUGUAAAUAUUCGAUUGUCGCGUACAGAGGGCGCUAGUGUUGAUUUAGUCGUUGUUAAUACGUUAGUUAUAAAACAUAUCAAGCGAUGAAUAAGAAGCGCUGUGCAGUACUCUACUAUUUGCUGUUUUGCAAUUGCAAAUUUGUAAUUUUGUGUAAAGUCAAAUAAGAUAAUGGUAAAUUGUUAAAAAGUAUAAUAUUAAAAUAAAAUAGUUAUAUUUACGUGACAUAAACACACACACAUCCAUACAUACACCUAACACACGCAAAUUAGGGCCGAAUCUAAGGGCCAUUUCUCUAAAUUUAUUCUCUUAACCUAAUAUUUUAAUUUGAUAAUUUCGCGAAAUUACUCUUUUAUGGGCUAUCAUAAACUAAAAUUCUAAUAAUUUAGCUUUGACUCUAUUAGAAAAAUAAGUUCAUAUCGGUCUUUGCGAUAAAAAUUUUGUUGUAUGUUCACGUACUGGCCACUAAUAAUAUUGUAAGUACUGGCCGGUAACAAUCUGUUUCGAUUAUUCAUUAAAAGAAUAUACUACAGAUUUCGCUGUCAUAUCAAAUAUAGGUUUAAAGAAAUGGCGUCUCAGAAUCGAUCCCAGUGUUCCUAAUUGUAAAAUUUUUCAAAAAAGACAAUAAAUUAGACGAGGCGCCAUCUGCGUCGAGUUUUAACAUUCCUAUUGUAUUACGCUCUCUACUGAUGACUGUUAACAAACUUUGAAUAAAUAUGUGAAAUAUUAGCGUAUAAGGCUAAACAAGGUUUUACUAUGCACUUACUGUUCUGUUUAUAACUUGAUAUGUUUUAUUGGAGUCUAUUCUGAAGUUUUAUUUUCUAAAGUGAUCUCUAAAAUUUUUUUUCCAUAUUUUAGCUAAAGUGUUAUGUACAAAGAACUAAAUUCAGAAUAAUUCUAACUCUUAAUCUUGUAUCAUAAAUUUAUAGUUUUAACUCUUGUCUUUUAUAUAUUUUGUCUAUACUGGUCCCAAGUGUGAUGAUUUCGCUAUAAUGUGAAAUUUAAAUUUUAGAGAUGAAGUACUAUAGCACUUCAGAAUUGAAACCAUUUGUAUAGAAAUACAAUCGUUAUUUAUUAAGGUUAAGUAUGUAAAUAUCAAAGAGAAUGUAAAACUAAAAUGUGUAAAAAUAAAUAAAUAAAAAUAAGAUGAAUUUUUGUAUAGAAUGUGUAAUAAUAGUAUUAUAUUUCGUUGUGAAUGUAUAAUAUUUUGUUUCCAAUUAUUUAUUUUAGUCACUAUAUCUAUAGGCAAUUGCUGUUUCACAGGACACAGGCUACAUAUUGGGGAAGUAUAUAUUGUCCAUUAUGUUUAGUUAUAUAAAAGGUUGAGCGGCCUAUUGUUGAGAUGUUGUUACAUUAUAUCAAAUUUAUUUCAUUCUACGUCUGUUCACAUUCCGUUAUCCAAGACUUUCGUCAUUAAAUUAUUUUUAGGACAAAAUCAUCGGCACAUUGGAGUCGAUUCUGAAGCAUUAUUUCACUAAACCUAUAUUUAAAUUUAAAAUUUUAAUUCUAUAUUACAGUGAAAUUCUAAGGACCAAUAAGAACUACAUUUCUAAUAAAUUUAUGUCAAAAAUAUUAUAAAUUUAGUUUAUGAUGGCCCAUAAAACGGUGAUUUCGCGACAUUAUCAAAUUAAAAUAUUAGGUUAAGAAAUAGGUUUAGAAAAAUGAUGCCUCAGAACUGGCUACAUUGUCGUGUGUACUUAAUGUUGGUUUGCAUACGAGCCUGUCUUGUUGUGUGGGGAACAUUAAUCUCUUAUAAUUAAUAAUAUACCCACGACUAUAAUUCCUAACGAGGUAGUCAGAGGUAUUAAUUAACUGUUGCCAUUGUGGUGAACGUAAACAUCGACAUCCCCAUAUUUCGUUGACCAUAAUAGAAUCAAAAAGCUCCAGCUCCAGCUUACUGUCGACAUUCGGAAUAAGUAAUAAUUAUUAAAAAGAAUAAUCUAUGUCCAACUGCUCAGGCUUAGACAUGCGGUAAAUGGCAAUAACAAAUAUGGAGAUUAAACUUUGGACAGUUUAUUUAUAAUUUGUACCGACUCUAAGCAUAUGGAAUUGGGUUCGAAAUUCAACGAUAAUAUUUAUAAAGUUGAACAAAUCUGUCAAAGAAUAAGGGUCGAAAAGCAAUAUAUUUUCUUCCAUGUUCGAUGAAGAAAUAUUGCUGUAUUUUGCAUAGAAAGAGUAUAACAGAUAUUUUUUGUAAUAUUACAUAGUAAUGAAAAUAGGUAAUGCCUCAAAUUCACAUAAAGACAGGCUCCAAUGUAUGACCACUGUUUGGAGUUAGACAUACACUAAUAAAGUAUAUAAAUAUUUACCUCAAAAUUAUAAUAUAUUUAUUAAUAUCUACUUAAAUCAAAAUUUGUGCUAACAUUAAUGAACUUGUACAUUGAGAAUAUUAAUAUUUAUUGGAUUUUUUCUCAUUAUAUUCUUUGUGUAUGGCCAAUGUUACGUGCAUUGAGUGAGUGUUAUUUUUUUUUUUGUAUGUCCUUCAAUAACUGUUUAGACCAGUUACUGGUACACUUGUCGAGACCUAUGUACCCAUGUUUCGUACCCCUCUCAAGUUGUUAAUGUAUGUACCUAUGUGACAGUGUUUUAUUUUUGUAUUUUGAUAAAAUUUGUGUAAAUAUUUUUUCUUAUUUUAUUGAUAUUAAACUCAAUUAAUCAA